AUGAGCUGUGAUGAGGAUGAUAAGGAUGAGGAUAAGGAUGAGGAUGAUAAGGAUGAGGAUGAUAAGGAUGAGGAUGAUAAGGAUGAGGAUGAUAAGGAUGAGGAUGAUAAGGAUGAGGAUGAUAAGGAUGAGGAUGAUAAGGAUGAGGAUGAUAAGGAUGAGGAUGAUAAGGAUGAGGAUGAUAAGGAUGAGGAUGAUAAGGAUAAGGAUAAGGAUGAGGAUGAUAAGGAUGAGGAUGAUAAGGAUGAGGAUGAUAAGGAUGAUGAGGAUGAUGAGGAUGAUGAGGAUGAUGAGGAUGAUGAGGAUGAUGAGGAUGAUGAGGAUGAUGAGGAUGAUGAGGAUGAUGAGGAUGAUGAGGAUGAUGAGGAUGAUGAGGAUGAUGAGGAUGAUGAGGAUGAUGAGGAUGAUGAGGAUGAUGAGGAUGAUGAGGAUGAUGAUGCUCUCAUAGACACGGAAAGCGGCGAUGGUUACGUGAAGUCGUCGCCUUGGGAAGUCGACACGGCCACCGAAGGCGGCUGCAGACACGUGACCCAGUGUGGCCCGGGUUCUGCACUGAAAUUUCCAGUAAUGCACAACUAG